AUGGAAGGUCAUCCAACUCAUCUUUAUUUGCUUUCUGCCUCUUCCCUUUCCUUUACCCCCAUCCCUCUUAUCUCCUCCCCUCCCUCUUCCCCUUAUCCCCUCAUCGGCCUCCCAUCGUCAUCCCCUCCCUUCAUUGGUCCCCCUCCUCCUCCACCUCCCCCUCAACCAUCCCAACAACCAUAUCUACCACAGCACAGGAAAUGUGCGGCAUUGCACCUGGACAGAGGAGGGGGGGGUGUGGCUUUGGCUUUGGCUUUGUUAUGGGAACUGGAACUGGAACCAUCCUCUUCCUCUUCCUCUCCCUCUUCUCCCUCUUCUCCCUCCUUUUCUUCCUCUCCUGACUCUUCCUCCAACUCAGACCCCUCCCCCUCCCCAGACCCGGACCCCUCCUCCUCAUCCAAUGAGAGACGAAACUCCCCAUCCUCCCCAUCCUCAUUGGAAUCAGAAUCAGAAUCGAGCAUGAGUUGGUUGAUGGUUAAUGGACCUGGUUGGGUGUGGGGAUUGGGGUUGGAUUGGGACUUGGAUUGGGACUUGGGUUGA